CUUCCUCCCUGUCCGCCGCCCGUCUCUCUCUCUCCCUAUCUUUUUCUUUCCGGGGGGAGAAGAUUAGCGUUUAGGCUCUCGGGAUUUACAUUACGAUUGGCACGGCGCAUGGAUUAUGUAUGUGUGUAUGUAUGUAUGUUUGUCACAGGAUGAAGAAGGGGGGAAGGAAAUUGAAAUCGGGAAUUGGAAUUGGGGUUGAAAUCUGGGGAUUAAUUGCAUCAUUGUGCUUAAGGAUCUGUCAUUCUUUGCAUGCCGGAUGGGUUUCGGGUGAGGGGUUAUUAGUUUUUAGAUUUUACUUGGUUGGUGGUUAUUAUUUGUAUGUAUGUGUGUAGGUAGGUAGGUAGGUAGGGGUUUGAUUUGAGAUAGAUGGGAUGAUG